AUGGAGGAGAAGCUGCCGGGCGCCUUUUCUCAGGCUCUGCCUGUGGAUCGCACCGACGAUGCUGUGGAAUACCUCCAGGGCCAUGCGGCCGCCGACAGCCCUCAGAUCGACCUACGGGCAUUGCGUCGGAAGAUCGACUGGCAUCUGAUACCCUUUAUGUUCUCGUGCUAUGUCCUGCAAUUCUUGGACAAGGUCAUGCUCAACUAUGCUGCCGUCAUGGGGAUGAAAACGGAACUUCACCUCGCGGGGAACGAGUACACCAACACCGCAACGUGGUUCUUCCUGGCCUAUUUGAUCGCUGAAGCUCCCAAUAUCUACUGUCUGCAGAAAGUCCCCGCCGCCAAGUGGCUCGGUGUAAAUGUCGCUCUUUGGGGAGUUGCCGCUGCAGCCUCCGCAGGAGCCAAAAACUAUGCGACCCUCCUGACGGCCCGUGUCUUCCUGGGUAUCUUCGAAGCCACGAUUGGCCCGUCGCUGAUGCUGAUCAGCAGUCAGUACUAUACAAAAAGCGAGCAGGCACCUCGCUUCACCCUCUGGUAUAAUGGUUUGGGAGUGGCCCAGAUCAUUGGUGGCCUGGUAUCCUUUGGGUUCCAGCAUGUUCACCAUGGAGCCACCCUGGCCGGGUGGCGCAUCAUGUUCCUAGUCAUUGGCUUGGUCACGGUACUGAUUGGUGUACUCACUCUGCUCUUCAUUCCUGACACCCCGAUGAAGGCCAAGUGGCUGUCCGAGGAAGAAAAGGUGGCUCUCCUGCAGCACGUCAGUGUCAACCAGACGGGAGUGUGGAGCAGCGCCAUCAACCUUAAGCAGAUCUGGGAAGGCGUGCUUGACAUCCAACUCUGGCUAUUGGUCUUGAUCACCAUCCUCAUCUCUGUUUCUAGCGGUGUUGUAACCACCUACUCCGCCACUCUCAUCGCCGGGUUUGGAUACUCCGGCCCCAUCUCCGCCCUUCUCAACAUGCCCUCCGGAAUUGUCAGUAUCUUCUUCACCCUCCUCGUCGGCUUUGGUAUCCGCAGAACCUCGCACCGCUGGGCCUGGAACGCCUUCUGCACUAUUCCCGGCAUUAUCGGCGGUGGCCUUCUCUCCUUCCUCCCUAAGAGCAACAAAGCCGGUGUCCUCAUCGGUAUUUACCUGGUCAAUGCCAUUGUUGCCACCCUCCCCAUCCUGUAUCAGUGGACCAUGGCCAACUGUGCCGGUCACACCAAGCGCGCUUUCAGCAGUGCACUGAUCGCCGGCUCCUUCUCGGUCGGGAACAUCAUCGGGCCCCAGACCUUCCAGGCCCGUGAUGCCCCUGAAUAUCGUCCCGCGAAGAUUGCGGUGCUGGCCACGCAGGCAGCGGCAGCCGUCAUGUCUGUCGUGCUGUUCGCAUAUUAUGUGUGGGAGAACCGGAGACGGGAUCGCCGGUAUGGCAAGGUGGAGGAUUCAAUGGUGGAUGAAGCCAAGUGGGCUGGGCUGACAGACAAAGAAAACACGAGGUUUCGGUAUGUGUAUUAA